AUGACUGCCCAAUCUGAAGUGUCGUCGUUGCCUCCCUCGCUAGACUUCCUAGAAGCCAAGCUUGGCCUCAAGGUCACCUAUUGUUUGGCGCUUCUCGAAAACGUUCCUGGCGGACUGAUCGUGUCGAGAUACAUCAAAUCGUCAUACAAGGAUGAUCCGUUGCGGUCCUUGUUUGAGUUCGCCUUAUUCAUUUUCGCCGUUCAUUACUUCCUCUCGUCCAAAAAGAAGGAAAACAAGGCCGAGAUCGUCACAUUCUCCCAGAAAGAAAUCGACGAGUUGAUCGACGAGUGGGACCCCGCGCCACUUGUCGACCCUGUUUCGGACUUGGAGCACUGGCAGUUGAAAGAAUAUCAUGUGAAGGGUGAAAACAGCUCUCACGUUGAACUUGUGGGGCACCCCGAGCUAUCGAAAGUCGUCAACAUGUCCAGUUUGGACUUUCUCGAUUUGAACUGCAGCACCCGCUUGAAGAAGGCUGCUAAAGAUGCCAUCAGUAACAGCGGUGUCGGGGCUUGUGGCCCCCCAAACUUUUACGGCAGUCAGGAUGUGCACGUCAGAUUAGAAGAAGAUUUGUCCCGCUAUUUGCAGACCGAGCAAGCCAUUCUUUACGGACAGGACUUUGUCACUGCGGGCUCAGUAAUCCCCGCCUUUUUGAAGAGAGGUGAUUUGGCUGUGGUUGAUUCCGGCAUCAACGUUGCUAUACAGAAGGCAUUGAUCGUCAGUAGAUGUGAUAUUGAGUGGUAUGAUCACAACGAUGUUGAACAUUUGGAGCAGAUCUUGUCCGAGUUGGAUCCCAUCUUGAACAAACAGAAGCCAUUACGCCGGAGGUUCAUUAUCAGCGAGGGAAUCUUUGCGUACAGUGGUGAUGUGGUCAAAUUGCCAGAGAUUGUUGAGCUCAAGAAUAAGUACAAGUACCGUUUGUUUUUGGACGAGACUUUGUCCAUCGGCACUUUGGGGUCGAGCGGUCGUGGUGCGCCGGAACACUUUGGAAUCUCCCGGUCCGAAAUUUCUAUCACCAUUGGUUCCCUCGCCACGUCGUUUGCUUCCUCUGGAGGAUUCUGUGUGGGUGUCAAGCCCAUGGUCCAUCACCAACGUAUUAACUCCACGGCAUAUGUGUUCAGUGCAUCUUUGCCUCCAUAUUCCGCCAAGGUUGCCUCCGAGGCAAUCAAAGUUAUAACCGGGAACACCGACUCGCAGGGCAAUUCGAUAGUCAUGCAUUCGCUCAACGAAAAAAUCAGAUUCUGCCACAAAGAGCUCACAAAAGCGUUUUCAAAGUCCAAGUACUUCGAAGUUGUUUCGGACGGAAACGGGCCAAUUGCCCAUCUUGGCCUCAAAGCAAACUACAGAGCCCGUUUGGGCUUGCCUGAGCUAUACGGAAACGGCACGCUUCUUACGACAGGGAAGCCAUUUAGAAAGUUGAAUGCAUUCAGUACGCACUACAAUCUUGAGUGCUACCUAUUACAAAAGAUCAUUGACGUGUUCCUCAGGCAGCACCGCAUUUUGAUCAACCGCACACGGUUGGUCUAUGAACAAGAGAACUUGCCAGUACAAGGGCCCCAUUUGUGGGUUCAUGCCAACAAUGGCUUGUCCAUGGAGGAGUUGAAGCGUGCUGUGACGUCGUUGCCGCACACUGUGGACGAGGUGUGCCGCAGGCUCCAAACGCCCAGCGACUUGCUCAAACUAGAAGAAGAGUUGAAAACUCAAUGA